AGUCCGCGACAAUCGCGGCUACAUUUUUACAGCAAAUUAUCUUCUUCAGUUUUUUAUCUACAGCGAGCACUUCCCGCGAUAGUAAAACGUCGGCGGUCAAUGCUCUCCACUUUUUCCGAGACGCGACGGAAAAGCGCAUAAUCAACAAUCUGCUUGCGCGAACAUCGUCGUGCAGAGCGAGAUACAUAAUUGCAAUUGAUCGGCCUGCUACCAGCCGGUGGUUUCACUCUCCGUAAUAAAAUUGCUACCUCCUCGCGUAGGGGUGGGGACCGUGCCACGAAGAGAGAAGAGAGACAUCGUCUUUUCGCUUCGCGCUUCUUUCGCGACCGUUUGCUCCCGAUAGUUGCUGAGACCGAUGAUCUGGUCUGAGAGCACAAUUGACUGGCCACUUUGACGCAUCCCAACGGUAAAUUUAUGAGCCGCCAUGUCGACCACCAGCACCAUAAGCUCUCCGCUGAAGAUCGGCCUCGGCUUGAUCGGCAUGUGGCCCGACUCCUCGUACGCGACGGUCCUCUGGCUCCUUUACAUGCUCAGCCUCGCCGCCAUGCAGUAUUUCCAGUACUCUUACGUGUACUCCCAUUUGAGCAUGAACGACUUCUCCAAGCUGAUGGACGGCCUGAGCGUUACCCUGGAUUAUACCCUGACGUUUAUGAAACUGCUGAGCCUUUGGCACAAUCGCCGGAUAUUCUCCGACAUAUUGGUCGCGAUGGACGACGACUGGCACGGCGACUGCGUUACGGAUUCAUACACUUGCGUGAUGACGAGCAAGGCUGCUCUGGCACACCGCUGCUCCAACGCGAUGAUGACCCUCAACACCUUGUCAACCGUCUUCUACUUCAUCGGAAGCUAUUUAAGUCACCGCACGAUCUCUGCGGAUGAGCCGCGGGGGUUUCCGGUGCAGAUGCAGUUUCCGUUCAACGCCACCAAAUCGCCGAUCUUCGAAUUCAUCGUGCUAGGGUCGUUCCUGCACGUGUGGGAGACUGCGGUGGUGAUCGCGAUGCUGAAUUCCUUGAUUUUGGCAUUGGUGCUUCACGUGAGCGGGCAGAUCGAUAUCAUGUGCCAAGGCCUGAGAGAAAUUUCCGUCACGAGCAAGUCAGUUACGUCAGCUACGAGGUUGCUUAUCGAGCGACAUCAGAGGAUCAUAUCUCUGUCGAACAAUAUCGACAAGUUCUUCUCCUUCGUCGCGAUGAUACAAUUCUUGUGGAACACCGUAGUGAUCUGCACCAUAGGAUUCAUGAUCGUGAUAUCUUUAAGCACGGACAUGGACGGCAAAUCCGGCAUAUUGAUACAAUCCAUCAUCCCGUACAUCGCGGUAACGUUAGAAGCUUUCGUUUUCUGUUUCGCCGGCGAGUACCUGAGCAUUAAGAGUAGGUCCAUCGGCGAUGCGGCGUACGAGACACUUUGGUACGACCUGUCCACUAAAGAAUGCCGAAUUCUGUUAUUGAUCAUCGUCAGGUCUCAGAAACGUUUGACGAUCACUGCUGGGAACGUCAUGGACUUGACUCUGGAAGGCUUCACGAGUGUAAGAUUUUUACUCUACAUAACAGACGCACAAUUGUGUCUUAAUUGUAACAUAAUGUAAUCGUGUUGUUUUACAAAAAUGUAUACUUGUGACAAUUCGUAUCUGAAUGCGUAAAUGAGUAUCGCGCGGCCGACGUUGAUAUUAUUCCGAAUGUGCCAUGCAAACGUUACACACUAAUGACGCGCAUCUUGCGGAGGAUACUCCUUCGCUUCGCACGUUCUUAUUUCUAUUACCUCGGCUAUUUCUCUCAUCUACAAGGAAACUGUUUUUAGGUCAUGAAAGCCUCGGCGUCUUACAUUUCGAUAUUGCACGCGAUGUAUUGA